AUGUUGAGAAAAUCGUGCAGCACGCAGCUUACCAAGCCGGAGUCCAGCCAAAGUAUUGAUGAUGGGAUCAUCCUCAACUUCAGUAGAUUCGGCCCUUGCCGAGACGCUUCCCUAGACAGCGACUGUGGCUCCCCAGGGGGCUGCGUUAUUACAGUCAGCGCGGAAUGCAACGUCACCAGCGAGCACCAUUGGCAAAACUCCACCGUUGAUAUAAGUUCAAAUGCUGACGAUGACUUGGGCCGCCCGCCAUCCUGCCAGGGUUGUCGGGCACCCAUCGCGUCCCUGGAUUGUAUGGACGACUUUAGUGCUAACUCUCAACAGAUGUUGGACCAAGCCGGCGAGGUAAAUGUGUCGCGACACAUGUCGACUUAUAUGGGAAAUCACACAACCAUGCCAUCGGUGGUGACUCCAGGAUUGCGAUACAAGAAUUUGGGCAAAUCUGGCUUACGAGUGCCCAACAUCGGCCUAGGAAUAUGGGCCAUGAUAAACGAAGAUUGCGCUGAAGACGUCAUCAUGACCGCCCUGGAGAACGGCAUCAAUCUUUUUGAUUUGUCUGAAGCACACUGUGCCAAGGGAGAGGCUGAGUUGGGCAGGGUGCUAAAGAAGCGAAACGUUCGGAGAACGAGUGUUAUCAUCACCACCAAAGUAUAUUGGAGCACCAAGUCAGAUGAAAGAGGUCUCUCUCGAAAACACAUAGUUGAGAGUGUUAAAGCGUCAUUGUCCCGAUUGCAAGUGGAGUACAUUGACGUUGUACUCCUGCACAAAGUCGAUCCCGUCUGCCCUAUGGAAGAGUUGGUUCGAGCCAUGAAUUUCGUGAUAAAUCAAGGAUGGGUCAUGUAUUGGGGAACAGCACGCUGGACACCAGCAGAGAUAAUGGAUGCGUAUAGCAACUGCCGUCAGUUCAACUGCAUAACUCCAAUAGUAGAACAAACAGAAUAUCAUAUGUUCUGCCGAGAAAAACCUGAGCUUUAUAUGCCCGAGUUGUAUCAUAAGAUCGGUGUAGGUAUGAUGGCAUGGUCAGCCAUUACUACUGGGAAAGGCCUAGGCCGCGAGGAGAUUACUGGUCUAUUCGCAAAAUCACGAUUCAAUAGAAAAUAUAGUACCUUCAGCUGGUGUGAAGAGGAUCUUGCAGUUCCUGAGGACUCCUUGCAGUUGCCCAUCUCUAGCAGUAAGGAUCAAGUGACUGGAGAAGAACCACGCACAUACGGAGACAAGCUACGUGAUCUUUCGAACCUAGCCAAUACAUUAAAUUGCUCAAUGAGCCAAUUGGCUGUGGCUUGGUGUCUAAAGAACGAGUCAGUCAACUGUUUGCUACUGGGUGCUACCAGCGUUGAACAAUUUAAAGAGAACAUUCACGCUCUCCAGAUCGUACCACAGCUCACGCCGAUAAUGAUGAUAGAGAUCGAAAGAUUACUCGCAAACAAACCACAGCGCCCACCGAUGGUGUCUACCUUGGCAAUGCGUAACCAACAGAAUAACAAUACCGUCCGGGUUGAUAUGACGGGAGCUACCACAUCGGGGACAGGAUCGCCAAAGCCUGAAGGAGAUGUAGUCGACGCUGAGGCGUCCACCCCCAGUAAGGAGCCCGGGCGGGGCUUUUGUGAGAUUCAGUGA